GUUUCUGAACCAAGUCUUCAUCAUCAUCAAGGCUCAGUCUUGGUUUCUGAACCAAGUCUUCAUCAUCAUCAAGGCUCAGUCUUGGUUUCUGAACAAAGGGCCAUGAUCCAUCCUUGGUUCAUCGUUGUUGCUUUCAUCUCUUCUGUGGCCCUUCUUCAUUUCCAGCCAAGUGACUGUGCUGAGAUUAUUGGUGGGAAGGAGGUGCAGCCCCAUUCUUUGCCUUACAUGGCUCUGCUGGAGGACAGCAAAGGAAAACCACAUUGUGGAGGGACUCUGAUCCACCCACAGUGGGUUUUGACUGCUGCCCACUGUACUGGCAUCAAGAAGGUGGUGCUGGGGGUGCAUUCCGUAAAAAACAAGGAAGCGGAUUCCAGGCAGAUCCGAAAGGUCAAGAAGCAAAUUUCUUGUCCCUGCUAUGACCCCAAACGCAAAGAAAACGACCUCAUGCUACUCAAGCUGGACAAAAAGGUGAAGCUGACCAAGUCAGUGAACUUGCUGCGUAUUCAAGCCACCAAGUACCCCGUGGCAGGCUCCAGCUGCCUGGUGGCUGGGUGGGGAGCCACAAGCAAUAAUGCAAAGAAAAUGUCCGACACUCUGAUGUCCGUCAACGUAACUGUUAUUGACCUUGUCAAGUGUAACUCUCCAGAAUACUACAACUUCCAACCCAUCAUCACCCAAGCAAUGGUAUGCGCUGGGUCAGUGGACAAACAGAGCAGCGAUACCUGCCAGGGGGAUUCAGGGGGCCCCCUGAUCUGCGGCAAGGAAUUAGUAGGAGUCACCUCUUUUGGUGUCAAGUGUGGCUUGAAGACUAAACCGGGUGUGUACGCCUUUCUCUCUCAGUUUCACACUGACUGGAUCAACAAGUCCAUCCGAACAGCGGACCUGUCUGAAGACUGAAUCUGCAGCUGGGGGGCGAACCAAAUCGCACUCAUUUCUGGACUUCAUUUGUGUCCUCCCUAAAAUGUGACUAUAGAACCGGGUGUCUUAUAAAAGAGUGGCCUUGUAGUAAAGCUUAAUGUAAAGUGCAAGCAGUCUUGUCGACGCGACAUGCUGAGCUAAAGUGACAUGUUGUAAAAGUAACGCCACUGUCACGUACCGAACCUGUUGAACCACAUCGCUUCACCGCCUCUGGUCCGGGAUCCUGUAGAAAGCUAAAUCUGUUCUCAUGCAUGAGGUCUUCUUUAUAGUUUUCUCUCUUGAUUCCAUCCCACUUCAAAUCAUCACAUUAAGUGGCUGUGUAUGUGCUGACUUGUAUUGAUUCUUUGCAGAAUUAAAAGCCAAAAAAUAAAAUAAAAGUUUA